AUGGAGCGGAAAUGUAGAGGUUACUCCGAUUCAUUGGGUUACUGGAGGAAGUACUUCCGGUGUUGCAUGACCGACAUAUUUGACGUGAUCAGGAACGCAUUUCUUGUUGCUUCUACCGACAACCCUGAUGAGUUUGUCAACCACAGAGAUGAGAUGGUGGAGAUGAUACAUACUUGGAGCCAGUGUUCCAGCUGCAGUGCCUUGGAGGCUGAGCGUGUAGAUCCCAACCGUAUAGGUGAGGACGACGACGGUAGCAGGAGACGACCUCAAGAGGAGAUUAAGGUUGUUGGAUCCGUUGACGAUCCUGGCAUCGGCAAGCAGCCCGAAAAGGGUAAAAGGAAGGUUAGAUUUUACAACGAUGAGGAUGAGGAGCCAAGUGAUGAGCCCAUGGAGGAGGACACAGAGAUACGUGAGGUUAUGAGGAUCAAGGAGUUGGUGAUGAAGCACAAGGGAGAAGAGGCUGAUGACAUCCUUUUCGAGUUACUACGGCAGCUGCAGACGAUAAAGAUGUCAGUAAACACUAUACAGGUCACUGGAAUCGCCAGGGCAUUGAGGGAUCUGAGGAAGCACAAGUCAAAGGAGAUCAAACAACUUUUCAGGGCUCUCAUCAAUGAUUGGAAGAUGAUUGUUGAGGAAGAGAUCAGAGGCACUGCUCCGACUGCACGUGUGGUGGCUCUCGACUCUGAGGCCAAUCCAUCUCAUACCAACAUGGAUGAAGAGGAACUCUUCUCUGCUAAAUCGAGUCCUGUCGACCUCUCCAAGAAAGAUGAUGAUGGAAACGUGAACCAUGAGGAAGCGAGAAGAAGCCGUAGUAACCUCACGAGCAAGCCAAAUGACGCGGCAGAAGAUGCCUUCAGUACUGUAAAUCCCCAGGCCGAAGGCCAUCGUCCUCAAAAGGUUGCUGACGCUGGAACUCCGAAGGAGGUGCUGGUUGGGUCUUCCUGUAGCAUGUUGACGGAGUCUGAUAAGCUGGAGACUGUAAAGAGGAAGCUCAAAGAAGGAUACCGAGAAGCAGAGAACGCUAAAAGGCAACGGAGAAUUCAAAUAAUGGAGCCGCAUGAGUUGCCGGAACCUCCUCCUCAUCGGAUAGAAGGGCAAGAGACGGGGAAACGUCACUACAGGGGUAGAUAUGGGCGGUGGUAUCGCUGGCGUUGA